AUGUUGACAAAACUGCACACAGGUCAUCCAGGGGUAGAGAGAACCUUAAGACGAGCUCGUGACUCCAUGUUCUGGCCCGGUAUAUCACAACAAGCACUUGAUAUGACACUUAAUUGUCCUACAGUGUUCAAGCUUCGAAACACAACAAGUCAAAGUGUUAUUACUAAGUUACAGGAAUCGUUUUCUAGACAUGGCAUUCCUGAGAAGGUAGUGUCCGAUAAUGGCCCCCAAUACUCUAGUCAUGAAUUUAGGGACUUUGCUCAUCAAUGGAAUUUUAACCACACAACUUCUAGCCCAAGGUACCCGCAGUCCAAUGGACUUGCUGAACGAACUGUUCAGACUGCCAAGAGAAUGUUGACCAAAUCUAAAAAAGAUGGACACAAUUUGUUUCUGUCUAUCCUUGCUUAUCGUACCACUCCCCUCAACAUGGGCCUCUCACCUUCACAGUUGCUCAUGUCCAGAAGGUUAAGGUCAGACUUGCCUGUACACCCCUCCUUGUUAAAACCUCGUGUUAAUGACCAGUUCGAUGUUAAACACUCUAUGAUGAGUGAAAAGGUCAAGUCAAAACAGUACUAUGAUAGAAGGUCAAGGUUAUCUGCUCCAUUAGAUACAGGAGAGAAGGUUAGAGUUCAGUUGCACUCUAAGACAUGGACUCCAGCAGUUGUCUUAAAACCUCACAAUGAAAGGUCAUACUUGGUAAAAACACCCAAUGGUUCUGUUUAUAGGAGAAAUAGUAGACACAUUGUUAAGUCAAAUGAAAAUGUACAGUGUGACCCUGAGACCCCAAACUUUACUUUGUUCACUCCACAACCCACUACUCAGGUAAACGCUCCCAAUCAACAGACCGGAAAACUUGACACGGGUCUUUUCCAACCUUUACCUACUUGCUCACCAGGAGUACAGUCUAACCUUGCUAAACCUCAGCCAGUACAGUCUAACAUGCCAUAUGUAACUAGGUCAGGGAGAACUGUUAAGCCUUUAGAAAAACUUAAUCUUUGA